GAGAGGAUCGUCUGGAAAAUGGCUGAAGAGAAUCCCGACGGCAGACUUCGCGACAUCCUUCGUUGGAUCCAGGCGGAGGCGGGACAUGAAGACAUCCAGACGCUCCUUCAGCAGUGCCAGCUUGCAUCAUCGUCGACGACAGCGGUGACAUCACUUCCGACUGCAGAGCCUCCAGGAUCGCCGUCAGAGGAAGCUGCGUCAUCUUCAGGAGCUGACGUCGCCAUCCAGCGCACCCCAGCUUCGCGCGGACCAGGAAAGAAGCGGAUCGUCGCCGUCAAGAGGAACACCAGAGGGAAACAAGCGGCGAAGAAAAGAACCCAGGUGACGUCAGCGGUCUCCGCCAAGAAGAGGAUCGUCGCUGACCCGCCACAAACAGGAGUUUGGCCGUCGGCUUCCCCCCCUUCAUCGCGAGUGAGUUCCGCCGCUGUUGCAAGUGGUGGGCCGCUCCAGCAAAAGCGCUGUAACGCUUUAGGGCCCUUUCCUUCCACAGGGUCCGGGGGAGGUCCGGCAGCCGGCAGCUCCUAUGUGGGGCACCAGGUCGGCAGGGGACCCCAAAGCCGCCCAGAACCGGGGCCCUCCAGCUGUAACACUAUAGGGCACCCGGUUCUGCCACCUGCCAGCGUGGGUCAUGCAUUGCCAUCAUCUGCCAUUCACAGCGCACCCCAGCCUGCUGGUUUUACCCCUCAGGAGGAGAGUCAACCCAUCCAAGUGAUUGUUCAACGAGCUCUGGGAAAUCGCCAAUUAUUUGGACAAAGAAGGAACACCAUGCCCCCAACAUCUGUGGAAUUUAGUAUUGCCAGAAUUUCAAAAUGGUUAAGUAUGUCAUUGGCAGACAAAACCUGGCAUGCUUACAUCGCAAGCUGGAAUGAGUGGAUGAAGUUCAAAACAAGUUUUCCCAAAGAUCAUUAUCAAGGGGACAGUGACGUCUUAUUGUCUUUUGUACUGGAGCAAGUUGAGGCUCAGUACUCUCUUUCAGCUAUAACAAAAAAGUUAGCAGGCAUAUCCUUCUUUUUAAAGGUUCAAGUUUCUCCUCCUUUGGUCUGGAUUAUUGGACACUCUUUCGUCCACAGAGCAAGAGCUAGAGCAGAACAGCGAACCUACACAACUAAUUUAGGCAUUAAAGAUGUUAGAAUUGUUUGGAUGGGCAUUCGAGGCCUUAAAUGGCCAGAUUUAUUGCCAAUAAUUUUGCAAAUGAAAUCUUGUUGGGGUUUCCCAGCAAUUAUUCUGAUCCAUCUAGCUGGAAAUGACAUUGGAAAGGGUAGAAACAUUGAUUUAAUUCGUAAUAUAAAAAGAGACCUUGCUCAGAUCAGAUUUAUUUUUCCCAAUACUGUGAUAAUGUGGUCGGAAGUUGUGCCCAGACUAGUCUGGCUUCAAGAUGCAGGCUUUCACCCCCUUGAGAGAUGCCGUAAAAAACGUAAUUUCGCUAUCUCAAAAUUUUCCAAGACAGUUAAUAUUUUGGUUUAUAGGCACUACGAGUUGGAACAAGGUUUUGAAGGCCUGUAUCGCGCGGACAGGGUACAUUUGUCAGAUAUCGGUUUUGACAUUCUGAACAUGGGAUUCCAAAGUGCAAUAGAGAGAGCUUUACAUGUGUGGGGAAUGGCCAAGGCCAAUGUAAUGGUUUAAUUGGCCUUGACGUGGAGGUAUGCCCCUGGCUAGGUGGAAAAUUGGCGGGGCUUAAGGAUAUUUGUUGUUAAUCUUUAAGGCGGUCCGCUGCAGAGAUCUGAUGCAGAGGCUGGCUGGGAAUAUAUGUAUGAGCAGGUAUUAGUAUCAUUAGCAAUGGUUAAUGUUAUGAUUGAUAUGAUAUUUAAUAAACAACAGCUGCGGCCAUUCUCCACCAUGCAUGUGUCCGUGUCUAUAAUUGGUUGUUAUAAUUGGGUUGUGUUAAGUAAGUAAUGCUGUCUGCAACUCCCAUGAAUGGGGAGAGACUUAACCUCCCCUACCAUGGGAGUGCGGCAGCUCCCCCCCUUUUUUCUGUAUCGUUUUUUAC